AUGGACGCUAUUACUGGCAACACUACGUUGAAGGCCCGUGGCCGUGCCCUGGCAUGCGGCAUGUCUUUCCACGUCAAAGGUAGUGCUUUCUUCGAGGAAGGGAAGGUCUUUUCGAUUCUAUUCACUGAGCCAGCGGGCGCCAACGCUCUGAACGGGCUAAACCCCAUGGCCGACUACAAUACCAACUUGUCCAACAAUACCAGCCUGUCAAGGGUCAGAUUCGGUGAACAUGUACAUACCCAAGUACGCAGGUUCAUCGUCGUUAAACGUAAACGAGAGUUCUGCUUCGCUGUUCCAAUAUUCACCUAUUACGGCCAAGCCACCACGAAGCAUGGAGUACGUCCUGACGAGCAUGCCAUCGCCUAUUCGCUAGGACAACAACCACAACUUGUACAGGGUGAAUCGCCGCUCCGGAAGGCUCCCAUCCCAAUCGAAAUGGAGGAAAACAACAGGGCGCUGGUCCCGGCCUCCAGAAUCUACUUCGCCAUCCACCACCCGAUUCAGUACAACGUCAAGGUGAAAAACCUCGGCCACGUCCAUCCAGAUUAUAUUCCCACUUUCCUUGGCUACUGGAACCAGGAGAACAAUGAUUCGAAGGAAGAAUCUGAUGUGGCACAAAACCCAAACAAUACGGACAAUUUUUGA